AUGGAAUCCGAAAUGAAAGAAGUUUCAUCCAAAGAUCAAAUUCUUGAACCGAUAGAGGGUUCUGUAAAGGAUGAUCGGCCAUUGUUGAAAUCGGAAUCAAAUUCGGAUCAAUCUUCUUCUACAACAACUGAGAGUAUACUGGAGCUUGAGAAGAAAUAUGCUGCUUAUGUUAGAAAUGAUGUUUAUGGGACAAUGGGUAGAGGAGAAUUGCCUUUGACUGAGAAAUUAUUGCUUGGGUUUGCUCUUGUGAGUAUUGUGCCGAUUCGUAUUAUUAUUGGGAUGAACUUGUUGUUCUUUUAUUACUUUAUUUGUCGAUUUUGUACUUUGUUUUCUGUUCCAAAUCGAGAUGAAGGUGAUGAUGAAGAAGAAGAACAGGAAGAUUAUGCUCAUAUGGUUGGGUGGAGAAGGUCUAUUAUUGUUAAUUAUGGUAGAUUUCUUGCUAGAGUUAUGCUUUUUAACAUGGGGGUUUAUUGGAUUAGCGAAUCAUAUAGGGAGUUGCUUGCGGCGGAGAGUCCUGAGACUGAGUCUGAAGAAUUGGAAAGACCUGGAACAAUCAUAUCGAACCAUGUUUCGUAUUUGGAUAUUUUGUAUCACACAUACUCUUUCUUUCCAAGCUUUGUUGCCAAGUUGAAAUAUCUUACAACUUUGUAA